AUGGAUUCAUACACACCUCCGCACCCCACUGAAGUCCUAAAACCAAAAAAACCUCGUCCCCUCCGCUUCCUCAUCCCCUCCCGUUCAAUGUCCAGUAUAACCCACCACCACCACCACCACCACCACCACCUCGUCCCCUACAUCGUCUCCUUCCUCUUCGCCUCCUCCCCCUCCCUCUCCGACCUCAAGCGCGCCCACGCCGUCCUCGUCGUCUCCGGCGCCGCGCUCCGCAAGCCCACGGGGCGCCGCCUCGUCGCCCUCUACUGCCUCCGCUCCCCCGCCUCCGCCGCCGCACCCCUCGUCGCCGCCCACCUCCGCUCCCCCGACCCCGUCGCCUCCAAUCUGGCCCUCAAAUCCAUCGUGCGCCGAUCCCGCCCCCGCGACGCCAUCGCCUUCUUCUGCCGCGCCGCCAACACCGUCGGCUGCCGCCCCAGCCGCUGCACGUUUCCGCUCCUCGUCACCGCUGCCAAGCUCUGCGAUUCGAUCGAUUACGGCGAGCUCUUCCACUGCUUCGCGCUGAAGCUCGGAUUCUUGAGCCAUUUGCCGAUUCCCAACUCGCUGAUCCACAUGUACGCUUCGUGCGGUUGCCUGGAUCUCGCCCGGCAGAUGUUCGAUGAAAUGCCGGAGAGAGACAGGGUGUCUUACAAUUCCUUGCUUGAUGGGUAUGUUAAGAGUGGAGGCUUCGAUGAGGCGGAGCGGUUGUUUUGGAGCAUGCCGAACAGAAGCGUCGUCUCGUGGUCCACGCUUUUCAACGGGUAUGUUCGGAAUCGGAUGUUUCAGAAGGGCCUUUGGUUAUUCCACCAGAUGCAGGAGCUUGGAGUGGAGCCCGACGAUUGCUCGAUCAUUACUCUGUUGUCGGUGUUUGCUCAUUUCAAAUUGGCGGUACACGGGAAAAUGGUGCAUGGGUUUCUACACAGGAAGUGGUUGCGGAUACCGACUCACGUGAGCUCCGCACUCGUGGAUUUCUACUGCAAAAUUGGGUCGCCGGACGGUGCCGUGGUGGUGUUCGAGAGAGCCCCAAAAAAGGAUUUGAUUUCUUGGAAUGCUCUGAUUUCGGGUCUCGGGAGUUCCGGCAGGGGUGCAGAAGCUCUUUCCUUUUUCUCCAGGAUGCUGCAUGACGGAGUAAAACCGGACGAUAUCACGUUUAUCGGUGUUUUGGUUGCUUGCGGUCACUCAGGUCUGGUCGAGGAAGGCCUUAGGUACUUUGGUAUGAUGAGCUCAGUGUAUGGUAUUAAGCCGAGCUUUGCCCAUCAUUGGUGUCUUGUUGAUCUCUUUGUUCGGGUUCAACGCCCUGACGAAGCAUUGAAAGUAAUCCAGAAUAUGCCGUGGGACGGUCAGUCUGCGGUAUGGGGUGCGGUAAUUUGGCUUGCUAAGGUCCAAGGCGAUAUUAGUGUGGGGGAGUAUUUAGGGAAACGAUUGAUUGAAUUGGAGCCAGAUAACAGCAGGAGGUACGUGCCUCUAGUUAAUCUUUAUGCUGCUGCAUCAAAAUGGGACAAGUAUAAGGAAUUGCAGGAAGUAAUGAAGGAAAGGGGACUAAAGAAGUUACCUGAUUGUACAUUGAUAGAUCUGAACGUGGUAGUUCACAAAUUUUUAGUCGGUGACAAAUCCCGACCCGAGAUUGGGAGUAUGUACGAAGUGUUGGAGGAGAUUGGUAAGCAACUCAAGUUGCAGCCUCCUGCAGCUGAUGAGAAUGAUUUGGUCAGAGUAGCGCAAUAA